AUGGAGGCCACCAGCCCACAAGUCAGGGAGCGCGUGCACGGGUCAAAGACGAAGCACUGGGCCAACAAACUGGCCGUAGACCAGACUGAAGAGGGACUGUCUAACACCCAGCUCAUGCUCAUCAACCAUGAUCUGAAGCCUGUCGAGAAAGCUCGCAGAGUUUGGGGAACAUGGAACUUUGUGGCCUUUUGGGUCGCUGACAACUGCCAUGGUGCUGACUGUUAUAAGUUCCUAUACGUCCCGGUGCACAAACUGCGCCAUCUUUUCACUGUCAAGUCCUAUGUCGUCCCUGUAGCAGGCUUUGCCUUUAUGGGGUGGACUAUUGCAAAGGCUGGUAACACGGGAGCCAUGAUUCGACAGCCCGCCCAAGCCAAGGGCAGUGAAUGGUCCUGGGCAUUUGUUUCCGGAGUCAUGUCUUCAAUCGCCAACUUCGCAACACUCAUUGUCAACGAUCCUGAUUUUACACGCUUUGCUAUCAAACCCAGAGAUGCACUUUGGUCGCAGCUGUGCACAAUCCCAAUCGGAUUUGCCGUCACGUCAUUGAUCGGCAUCCUGGUCAGUUCGGCGUCGGCUGCCCUCUAUGGCGCCCCCAUCUGGGAUCCACUCGAGGUUCUUGAGAGAUUCAUCGAUGGAGGCAACUCUGGCGAGAGAUUUGGAGUCUUCGUUCUUGGCCUGGCAUUCGCGUUGGCCCAACUCGGCACGAACAUUGCAGCCAAUAGUAUUUCUGCUGGCACCGAUAUGACUGCGCUGCUUCCCAGGUAUAUCAACAUUCGCCGAGGAAGCUACGUAUGUGCCGCGAUCGGCCUCGCGAUGUGCCCAUGGAAGCUACUGUCAAGCUCGAACCAGUUCACGACCUACCUCUCAGCUUACAGCGUCUUCCUCAGUUCGAUCGCUGGCGUCAUGUGCUCAGACUACUACGCCGUGCGCCGCGGAUACCUGCAAGUUCAAGACUUGUUCAGUGGUCGCAAGGACAGUCCGUAUUACUACACCUUCGGCGUCCACUGGCGGGCAUAUGCGGCAUACAUCGCCGGCAUUUUGAUCAAUGUGGUUGGCUUUGCCGGUGCAAUUGGCGCGACUGUCCCCAUUGGAGCAUCCUAUCUUUACAGGGUGAACUUCUUUGGAGGGUUCAUCAUAUCAUUCUCCAUGUACUGGGCGCUGUGCCACUUCUUCCCCAUCCCUGCCACAAGCAAAACAUGGAUGGAGGUUGGAGGCGACGACCUGGACGAGGUUCGUGUGGCCUACGAUGCCGACAGCUAUAGCGACAAAGGGGUCGAUGCUGGACAUCGGCCGUAUGAUGAGGAAGUGGCCGUGCAGGGAAAGCCACAGAUGAAUGAUAAGAAACUUGCGGGAGAGUCUAUCUAGGGGGAUUACGGGGGGAGCAACUGCGACUAGAGAGGCGUCAUAUAUGGCGAAUGUUGAGCGUCGACGUUAGGUCA